GCUUGUAUACAAGCGCCAUUUUGGUUGAACGCAGGGGCUAAAGUGGUGACAAGCAUUUUGUCUGUGGAACUGAACUUCGCGGCAACCAACUAUUGCUUUAAAUCACUAAACGUGCUGUUAGAUUGUUUUAUUAAACGCGGUACUUUCUUUAGCAUUGUUUUAUUUUAAACAAUUUUAGACAUAGCUUGCUGGCUAGCUACGUCAUUUCAGUUUGUAAAGCGGAAGAAGAAAACAGGAGGACGUUAAGAAAGGCCUAGUGAACGGCGUACUUCGAGACAAAAUUGUUGGGAAGACAUUGAUAUAAAAACAGCAAACUACAUUUGGAUACUGAGCCCAACGGCAAUAUGGCGGACGACUUUGAUAUAGAAGCUAUGCUUGAGGCUCCUUUCAAAAAGACUUGCCUAACGAUAUCUCACCUCUACUCCCAUGAAUUCCAGUGUGAACUGUCAAAACAGAAAGGAUGAGCUCAGGUCCAGUAGUGCCAACGGACACGAGGAGCGUAGUAAGAAGAAAAAGAGGAGUAAAAGUCGUAGCAAGAGCCGCGACAGGCGCAGGAGCAAAAGUCGGGACCGCAAAAAGGGUCGGGACACGAAGAGGAGCAAGAGCCGCGAGAAGAAGCGCAGCCGCAGCAAAGAGCGGCGCCGCAGCCGCUCGCGCAGCCGGGAGCGCGGCGGCCGCUACCGAGUCCGCAAGAGCCCCUUUUCUGGGCCGAAAUUUAACGGUGGUCCCAGGGGGAAGAUUGGCCCACCACCAGCCAUCAAACUAAGCCGGAGGAGGUCUAGAAGCCGCAGCCCGUUCAAGAAAGACAAGAGCCCAGUCAGGGAGCCCAUCGAUAACCUGACCCCGGAGGAGCGGGACGCCCGCACCGUCUUCUGCAUGCAGCUGGCCGCCCGCAUCCGCCCCCGCGACCUGGAGGAGUUCUUCUCAGCCGUGGGAAAGGUGAGAGACGUGAGGAUGAUUUCGGACAGAAACUCCCGGAGGUCAAAGGGCAUCGCCUACAUCGAGUUUGUGGAGGCGACCUCCGUUCCCCUGGCCAUCGGCCUCACGGGCCAGAGACUCCUGGGCGUGCCCAUCAUCGUCCAGGCCUCGCAGGCGGAGAAGAACAGGGCCGCCGCCAUGGCCAACAACCUGCAGAAGGGCAGCGCCGGGCCCAUGAGGCUGUACGUGGGCUCCCUGCACUUCAACAUCACCGAGGACAUGCUGCGCGGGAUCUUCGAGCCGUUCGGGAGGAUCGAAAGCAUUCAGCUGAUGAUGGACAGCGAAACGGGGCGGUCCAAAGGAUACGGUUUCAUCACGUUCGCAGACGCCGAGUGCGCCAAGAAGGCCCUGGAGCAGCUGAACGGGUUCGAGCUGGCCGGGCGGCCCAUGAAGGUGGGCCACGUGACGGAGCGCACGGACGCGUCCACCGCCAGCUCCUUCCUGGACAGCGACGAGCUGGAGAGGACCGGCAUCGACCUGGGCACCACCGGCCGGCUGCAGCUCAUGGCCCGGCUGGCCGAAGGCACGGGCUUGCAGAUCCCCCCUGCAGCACAGCAGGCUCUGCAGAUGAGCGGGUCCAUACCUUUCGGAGCCAUGGCAGCUGUGACGGAUUUACAAGCCAGGUUGACUCAGCCCCCUGAAGCUGCUGCUAUGAACCCAGCGUUGAACUUAAACCUGAACAUGAACAUGAAUGUGAACACUCCCUUGAAUCUGCCCACCCAGCCCAUCGCCACACACUGCUUUCAGCUCUCAAAUAUGUUCAACCCUCAGUCGGAAGAUGGUCCUGGCUGGGACAUUGAAAUUCAAGAUGAUGUCAUGGAAGAAUGCAACAAACACGGCGGGGUUGUGCACAUAUACGUCGACAAGAAUUCUGCACAAGGAAACGUGUACGUGAAAUGUCCGACCAUCCCCGCCGCCAUGGCCGCCGUGAACGCGCUGCACGGACGGUGGUUCGCAGGGAAGAUGAUCACGGCCGCGUACGUCCCCCUCCCCACGUACCACAACCUGUUCCCCGACUCCGUGACCGCCACUCAGCUGCUGAUGCCCAACCGGCGAUGAUUCGGCCGCCAGAACCGCCGCGGUCUAACGCCUACUGCUUUGGAUUGUACAUAAUUGAAAGGCUUUUUUUUUUUCUUGACAGUUGGAAGCAUAUGGAUUGUCAGCUCUCCAGUCCUGAGUAGCAAAUUUCGGCACAAUCUUUUUUUUUAAUUUUUUUAAUUUUAUUUUUUUUUUAAAUCCUCCAAGCCGUUUGAAGAAUAAAUUCCCUUUCCCAACACCCGUAAUUCUUGAGGCUUUUCUUUCAGGAAAAAAAAGUUUGAUGUCAGAAGCCAGGCUUCAUUAGUGUUACUGCAUCUGUACAUAAGUUACACUGUUGGUUAAGUCUGAACAUGCAUCAUAAAGGGGCGUGUCAUGUACAGCUAGCCGGUCAAGCUCUCCCAUUGGCCGUUUUAACAUCUCUGAUCCUUUUUUGUACAUACAGUCGGAAUGUUUUUCACUGAGACGCAGUGUAGAAUGAACUUGCCUUCAAACACCAAAAAAAAAAAAAACCUAUUUUGAACCUUGUGAGGAGAGCAAACAUUGUAACUUUACUUGUCCAUCUGCAUAGUUGGUGUUUUCAGCUCUAUGAGCUCUGAAAUCUAAUUGACCGAUUUACUCAUUUGUGUUCAUUAGGAGACCACUUGGUAUUUCUUAAGUAUCUGUUUUGUAAUCAAGAUUUGAUUUUGUAAAAAAGAAAAAGACUCUUGAUUAAAAUUAAUUUCCAAUAAAGUUAUUGUUGUGGUCAG